AUGCCUUUCGGCAACACCCACAACAAGUUCAAGCUCAACUACAAGCCAGAGGAGGAAUACCCAGACCUCACCAAGCACAACAACCACAUGGCCAAGGUGCUGACCCCUGACCUCUACAAGAAGCUGCGGGACAAGGAGACCCCCUCUGGCUUCACGCUGGAUGACGUCAUCCAGACAGGUGUGGACAACCCAGGUCACCCCUUCAUCAUGACCGUGGGCUGUGUGGCUGGAGACGAGGAGUCCUAUGAGGUUUUCAAGGACCUCUUUGACCCCAUCAUUCAGGAUCGCCACGGGGGCUACAAACCCACCGACAAGCACAAGACGGACCUCAACCACGAGAACCUCAAGGGUGGAGACGACCUGGACCCCAACUACGUGUUCAGCAGCCGUGUCCGCACUGGCCGCAGCAUCAAGGGGUACACGCUGCCCCCCCACUGCUCCCGUGGGGAGCGCAGGGCUGUGGAGAAGCUCUCCGUGGAAGCCCUCAACAGCCUGACAGGGGAGUUCAAGGGGAAGUACUACCCUCUGAAGAGCAUGACGGAGAAGGAGCAGCAGCAGCUCAUCGACGACCACUUCCUGUUUGACAAGCCGGUGUCCCCCCUGCUGCUGGCCUCCGGCAUGGCCCGGGACUGGCCCGACGCCCGUGGCAUUUGGCACAAUGACAACAAGAGCUUCCUGGUGUGGGUGAACGAGGAGGACCACCUCCGAGUCAUCUCCAUGCAGAAGGGGGGCAACAUGAAGGAGGUUUUCCGCCGCUUCUGCGUGGGGCUGCAGAAGAUUGAGGAGAUCUUCAAGAAAGCCGGCCACCCCUUCAUGUGGAACGAGCACCUGGGCUACGUGCUCACUUGCCCGUCCAACCUGGGCACGGGGCUGCGUGGCGGCGUGCACGUGAAGCUGGAGCACCUGAGCAAGCAUCCCAAGUUCGAGGAGAUCCUCACCCGCCUGCGCCUGCAGAAGCGAGGCACAGGUGGCGUGGACACGGCUGCCGUGGGCUCGGUGUUCGACGUGUCCAACGCCGACAGGCUGGGCUCGUCCGAGGUGGAGCAGGUGCAGCUGGUGGUGGACGGCGUGAAGCUCAUGGUGGAGAUGGAGAAGAAGCUGGAAAAGGGCCAGUCCAUCGACGACAUGAUCCCCGCCCAGAAGUAGGAGCCCAGCCUCGCCGCCGCCGCCUGUCGGAGCCGCGGCCACUGCGAGCACGCGGCUCCCCGAGGCCCGGCCCUCCCUCCUCGCCCCGCCCUUUCCCGGGAGGCCCGCUCGCUCCGGGUUCGUUUCCAACCAGCGCUCCAACCAGUGGGCUCCAGCCUCUUGGCUCCGGCCAAUAAACAGCCUCCCUCACACCUGCCGCUAUUUUUUCCAGAGCUCCGCCCAUCAGCGGGAGCUCUAGUGCAGAGGGGACUCCCGGUCACUUGUGGAGCUCAUGCCAUUUCUCCACUCAAAGCAACAAAUAAAAGCAACGGUGGUCUUA